AUGCAGAAGCUCGUUCCACUCAUUGCCAGCCUAAUUAGCCUAAUUAGCGCCAAACAAUUUGGACCAAUCACACCGCAUUUCGAGCAAUGGCUUAACAGCAACGGCUACGAGAAUUUCGAAUUCCCGCGAGAUGAUAUGGACGAUUAUGGGAGUUUCGGCGGCAAACUGAGCGAUUGGGACCCGAACAUGUCGCCCAACGUGCCAAUCGUGUUCUUUCAUGGCAAUUCGGACGCGGCGCUCACCGCCAACAAUUUCUCGACGGGAUGGACGAAUACGGUGAAGUAUUUGCUCGGCAAAGGAUACACGAUGGCCGACUUGUAUGCGACGUCGUGGGGCGACACCAACACAACGCAGGCGAUAUUCAGGGACCAUGAUUGUGUCACCGUGUACCGGCUGCGCAAAUUCGUCGAAUCGGUUCUCGAGUACACGCGAUCGCCAAAAAUCGACAUCCUCUCGCAUUCGAUGGGCGUGACGUUGGCGCGAAAAGUGAUUCAAGGCGGAUUCAUCGCCGCCGCUGAUGGCUCAUGCAACAUCGGCAAACCGUUGAAUCAUCGCAUCCGAGUGCUCAUCGGCAUCGCCGGCGCCAACUACGGCCUCUGCAAUUGCGUCGGCCACGGCGAGGGCCUCAUCUGGCCGACGUGCAACUCGCAGAACGGUCUUUGGCCCGGCGAGACGUGCGCCGACGAUCGCUCGUCGAGCCUGUGCGGCGAGUACCCGCAAGCGGCGCCGUGCAACGGACCACACUACUCGCGAUUCCUCAUGGACAUGAACAACAAUAAGCAGAAGCCCGCCGAGGCGGUGUUCAGCAUGUGGAGUGAAAGUGAUCUUCUAAUUGGCUGGGAGAACAUGGUGUGGGGUCGUCCGACAAGCGAAAUCCCAUUCUCACAAGGCAACAAGAUCUACAAAAAUUAUACACAUAUGGAAAUCAAAGAGCUGACAGCCGGCGAUCAGUACUACAUUCUGAAGAAUCUCGAGGUUCCCGAAUAG